AUGGAGGAUUCUAAUCCACCUCGACGAGUUCUUGGAAGUAACAAGCAGCAUGAGUCGCUGGAGUCACCAAAAAAAGCCGCUGUGAAAUCCUCCGAGGAAUCCAUUCGUUGUCCUAUCUGUGAUGAAGCAAUGUUAACACUUCUUCAAUUAAAUCGCCAUUUAGAUGAUACUCAUGGCGAUAGUCCGUCCCCUGGACUAGAACCAAGUCCCAAAAAGGCAGUCUCUCUGAGAACUCCCCAAAAACGUACUAUUCAGCUUGAUUUGUACGAUGAUAAUAAGGGAUUUGGGCUCAGCGAUAAUCUUGGAUCGGAGACUCAGCUAGCGAGCCCGACUCAGAGCAAGCUAACACGGUCACAUUGGGUCCAUCCUAACUCCUCGAAUAUAAGCGUUUGUUCUUAUGAAGGAUGUCGACGUGUACUCAAUGUGAAAAACGGCAUCGUCAACUGCAGAAAAUGUGGCCUUCUUUUCUGUAAUGAGCACACAGCAUUUCGGGGCCGGUUCAGCAACGGUCCUCCACCUCUGAAGUUACCAGUUUAUGAUUCAGUCAAUGGGUACCUUGCUCGGUGUUGUGAGAGCUGUUUCUUAAAUAAACCUGCCUUGGUAGAGGGUACGCAGGCCAAUUUCCGAGAUGUAACUGCUAUAUAUAAGAAGAAGAGGGCAGAGAAGAUCGAAGAGAAGCAGUGGGCUAAAUUGAAGCUUCAAAGGCGAUUUUUAAAGCUCGUUAAUUUACUUUCACUGAAUUACUUGUGGCAUAUCGAAAAUGGCAAAUUCCUUCUUCUGUACUUUACAGAAAACAAGGCUCAUUCCAAGGAAGCAAUAAUGGAUGCUGAAAAGGAAAUUGUUGGUGCUGAAAAUUGGCAGAACGACCAGAAUGUCACUCAUUGUCCACUCUGUUUUGCAAAAUUUAACAUUCUUAUCAGGAAACACCACUGUCGACUCUGCGGGAGAGUGGUUACUGACAGUGCAUUCAAUACAGAUGACCCCAAUAUGACUUGCUCAAUUCAGGUCCCAGUGGGUAUACUUUUGAAGAAGCUUCCGAAUCUCAACUAUUCGCCUCAGGUGAAAGAAAAUUGGAUGGAAUUGACCUCAGUUGCUGCAGACUCUAGAUACUCCAACAUUUAUUCUUUCAGGUGCUGUCGGGAGUGUAAGAAUCUGCUCUUGCACGGAGUCAAAUCAGACACUAUGAUCAACGAACCUGAAAAUGAUGCUGUGCUCUCUUCAUAUGAGGAAAUACUAGCUAUCAAGGCCAAUAUCCAAUCCACCAUGCCAAGAUAUUCACAAUUAGUGAAAGAGAAUAAAGAUCAAAGCAAUCGUGAUAUCAACAAACUCCGAGUCCGGAUCAGGAAGUAUGUUAAGGAUUUCGAAAUUGCUACAAAUUCUUUUAGGCUACGGUUUUUCAAGCGCAAUGAAGAGUCUGGCAAAUUUACUCCCAUACAAAGUCCAGUGUUGGUAACAAAUGUCUACAAGAUGGCGAUAGUAUUCCUUCAGGACUCAAUUCUUGAGUUUAAGAAACUUAAUGACCAGUUUCAAGAAUUGGAGAAUGCGCGGCUUACUGGCCAAUUGGGCCUUCCUAAGUCUUUACUAUCGGAACCCGACAGCAUUUCUGCUUCGCCCAUGUCACCCCUCCCCGUGGUAUCUCCUCCUGCCAAGCCUAGACUCACGAAGAAGCAAAUUCGGGAAUUUCGAGAACAACUUAUGGUUGUGAAUGAGCAGAAAUUUUUGGUUCAGAAGCAGAUGGACGAUGCCAAAAGACAGAGAAAGUUUGAUGAAUUGUUAACAUUAACUGCCAAUUCAGAUGAGUUGCAGAAGCAUAUCGAUGAGCUAGAGAAGGAACUUGGAGAGUUUGGAUUCGCUUAG